GAACCCACACUAUAUACAUAAAUACACUAACAAACAUGGCCAAUAAGGGACACUUUAUAGACAGAAACGCAGAUAUUCCGACUGCAGGAUUGUCCACCAGUGGAUUAGAUGGCGCGGAAGGUGUAAAAGAUUGUCUUAGUAUCAGCAAUCCGGAAGAAUUAGCUGAGAGUCUAGUGAGGCGCAAUUACGGGCAGAUCGUUGAAAAAUCACAGAAUUUCCCAGCCGGUUCCGUUCUUCCUAGCAGCAGCAUCCGGGAUUUGCUCACCAGCGAGCUGCAAAAGUCGCGCUUUAUGUCCUUCAGGGAGAAGUUCUACGAGGAAAUGUACUUCAAAAAGGCCACUUUGGGUGAGGUGAAGAAAACGUACUCCAAACCGGAAGACGUGACCAAUACAAGCCAAACCUUCGGAAGUCCAUCGAGUCCAUCCCAAAAUGAAUGUCUCUACGAUGUUAUAUUGCCGGCCAAGUCGGCGGAGCAAGUUAAUAAGGAGUACGAGGCUUUCCACGACAAGUACAUCAUUAGUCACAAUCACUACUUUCCUUCGGAGCAGGUUAAUCGCAGAUAUGCCCAACCAUUUGAUCGAAAAUCACCUUGUGGUGAUAUUCAUACUCAGGGCGAUUUUGGACUCAAAGUGAAGCGAUGUCUCGAGGAAGGUGAGAAUCACCUGAAGGUUAUUGGCAAAGCGCAAGUGGACUUUAUGGAUCGAAACGAGGCUCCACUCGGCAUGCGAAACAAAAAGUUCACUUGUGCGGUGCCGGACAUAACUUUCGGUGUUCCACUGCGCAGCAAUGGCGAUGUGAAGAUGUUGCUAAAUAAUAUCGAACCCUGCGACAAAACCAACCGGCUACUAGAUGCCAUUCGCUAUUUGAACAAAAAGCGUCAUAGUUUAAGGAACCCGCUGGAAUUUCACAAGUACGUACUAAAUUCAGUGCUGGAGAGGAGUGACACGGAUGGAACGGGUCACUUGCCACUGGCACGCAUCUUAGAAAUUUUCAGAAGCUUCCACAUCCGUCUGGAUGCGCAAAAAAUCCGUCUGGCUUUGUCCAAUUUUCGGAUGAUUGUGGACGAGGGAUGUGCCACGGAGCGGGUGAAUUACGAGGAUUUCUUUCGACUUCUAUCGAUUCAGAAUUCUCUGCCGAAAACGGGUAACUUGACCAAUGUAUCCGAUGUUAGUUGUCUGGACACCACAUAUCGUUUGCUCUGCGCCGAUCUUCAAAACAAGUCCAAGGAUGAUACGGGAGCAAUAAAACAGAAUCUCGAAGGGAAUAAAACAACUGCCAAGGAUCUUUUAACACCGGAUUUGGCCAUUUUACGUGGCCUAACCCAUAGUGAUUUCACCUGUUUGCGGCCCAAAGCGGAAAUAGAACGUAUCUUUAGAAGUCUCGUAACAACUGAUAAAUUCGAAGCUAUUUGGCAGAGUCUAAUGACUAAGUUCAAGGACCAGAAUGAAAUGGCGUCCGUUUCGCAGUUUCGUACUGAAAUGCACAACAAACUAGAGGCCAUAUCAACAUAAAACAUAAACAAUUUAC